AUGGCUGACACCGCAAAGCUUCUGGAAUGGUUCGAAAGCCUCUCCUCCCGCACUCUAGAUCUAGUUGGCGACUAUGCUGGAGACGAACUGUUCCUCGUCGAAGGAGACUCGCUGCUGCUGCAGUGUUUCUCCGACCAUGACUUGGACUUCACAAACGGCCUUCAACUACUCCAUGCCACCUCGCUCGUUGAAAAGUUCCUCGCAAACCUCCGCCAGCGCAAAUGUGUGUUUCAUGUCGUCUUCUUUGCAGACCACGCCCAGGCGUGCAUCCCGUUGGACUCGGGGAAGGAGCGACGGCGAAAGUACCGACUCGCCCGCGAAGCAAUCUUGCAACACCUCACUCAGAACCUCGCGACAGCAGUUCCAGAGAUGCAGGUCAAAUGCUUCAAUAACUACCAAUCUACUGAGUUCCAGCAGUAUCUGCAGUCCGUUGGCGCGUACUUCCUGAUGUGCCACGAUGGCUCAACCCCGUUUGUAGUCUCGGAGGCACUUCACAUCCCCGACGAUGACCGGAAGGGCGUUGAAGCAGAUUCACUAAACAAGGAUAUGGAAGCUUCCAGCAUCUCACCCAAAGUAUGGCCAACCAAGAUUAUGAUGCGCUCGAUGAUACACUGGUUCAUUUGCAAUGGGUACAAUAUUGCCAUUCUGAACAGCUUGGAGUGUCGUGAUUCCAAGGUUAUGGCCAUGAUCCUCGAAGGUUCAGCAACUCGCGCCUCAAAGCUUUACGAAUUGAAUGACCCGCCCAGUAAUGCCCCGGUCAGCUCGGACUCCCGCGUACCAACGCCAUCGUACGGUGCAUCUUCCUCGCCAUAUCCGUCGGCCGUAUCUCGAGGAGAUAAACUGUUACUUAUUAUGGAGCCAGUGCUUCUAGGUUCAAUUCUAGACAUGCACAAAGAACUUGAUCUUCAGCUGACUCAACGUGAGUGGGCGACCGUGAUCACGAUUGGCACAAUGCUGCAAUCUUCUCAAUUAGACAAGGAUAAUACCCUUAGGGCUCGUGCAAUGCUGAUGCACGCGGCCAUACUAUCGCAGUGCAAACUUUCCGAAAGGGCGGUGGUCGUCCCCAGAUCUAAGGAAAACGAAGCUUUCCUCCAGAGAUAUGCCAGAAAACUACGCAAAGUUCUCACCUCGGAACUCUGGCAGAAUUUGACUAAGAAGAUCUCGUCUCGUUGUGACCUCGCCGACGCAGUCGAUGGACGGUUGUUCCUUGAAACCGCGAGAGUACUCCGUAAGGCAAAACGAAUUACCACCUUUGGCCAGGUCACACUGAAGAAGUUCGAAGCGCUCCGGUCCGUCCUACUCAGCUUGUUUAGUAUCGACAUUCAGCCGACGGCGUAUUCCGAUCACAAGGGGCAUGCUUCGAGCAGUAAAAAAGAGGGGGCGUCUCAACCAAUGGACAGCGAAAGCGUAGUCGGCGUUCUACCCUUCCAGAAUCCUGUCAUAGAUGCUCAUUUAAAACCUGUCUCACUCGUGACAAGUGACGCCACUUGUGACAUGCCCAGCGGAAGCAUGUCGCGAAUCUUCCAAGAGCUUACGCACUGGCACAAUCACAAGCGGCCACUUGAUCAUAGAGCAAAUAUUGCUCUCACGGAACGAGAGAAGAUGUUUAGCAAUCGUCGUAACCAACGAUUUAUGACGGAUGUGGCACGCUAUGCCGGAAGUCUUACAAACGCGGUAGGCGGAUCUCUGAUGCCAGAGGCAGUCUUUGUCAAGGUUCAGGUAGGCAAACCGUCGAGGCAGUUUCACGUACCAUCCUCCGCUGCCUCAGCAAAGCAAAACACUUCCACAGGGCAUAGAAAGCACGGAAAGUCCACAAAGGUAUCGGUUCGAGAUCAGAUUGCCGCUCAGCAAAAGUCAAAAGAAGCGGAGACGUUCAAGAAGCAUGUGGCGACGUGGAGUAUCAAUGUUGAAAGCUUUGAGAAGAUGCCGGAUUUGGUUACGCGAUACGUGAAAGUAAAGGGGUACCUUGCGAACUUGCCCGCUGAGAAGAGAAGUGCUUUACAGGCGGAGAUUUUGGCCUACAUGGUGAGCAUACUGGCCAAUGCUUGGGUGAAAGAACUUGAUUCCCACCAGCUUCAUGUUUCGAUACAGCUCGCGGCACUUAUUUGGCAGAUUAUACAGCAAAUUGCAAGUCUCAAAAAAGGAAUCACUGAAGACAUCGCAAAGCAUAUCCAUGGGACGGUGCAAGCGCUAAAGCUGCCUCAGAUUGACCUGCAGUUCCAGGAAGAGCGCAAGCUGUCAUUCAAUUUCGUGCGAUUGGAUAAAACAAUAGGCGAUUUUGGGAUUACAUUAUCGCCAACAGAGUUUCAGCUCGUACAUGCGGGUCCAUACUUGGAUCGCAGCAUGGGCUCAGCGCCCGAUCCCCGAGUCCAUGACUUUGAACCAGACAAGUGGCAGCGAGAUGUUCUGGACCAGAUUGACGCGCGCAGAAGCCUGUUCGUUGUGGCUCCGACCAGUGCGGGAAAGACCUUCAUAUCCUUUUAUGCCAUGAAGCAAGUCUUAGAAGAUGAUGAUGAUGGGGUCUUGGUUUAUGUCGCUCCGACAAAGGCACUGGUCAACCAGAUUGCUGCUGAAGUUCAAGCGCGGUUCUCAAAGUCAUAUAACACUCCGGGCAAGUCGGUCUGGGCCAUUCACACUCGCGAUCACAGGAUAAAUAACCCGACUGGCUGCCAAGUGCUAGUUACCGUGCCUCAUAUUUUGCAAAUAAUGCUCCUCGCACCGUCAAAUGCCCAGUCAUGGUCUCCUCGAGUGAAGCGCAUUAUAUUCGACGAAGUACACUGUAUCGGUCAAGCAGAAGACGGCGUCAUCUGGGAACAGCUGCUUCUUCUCGCACCGUGUCCGAUUAUUGCCUUGUCAGCGACUAUCGGAAAUCCCAUCAAGUUUAGACAUUGGCUCGAGAUGACUCAAAAGGCCAACGGCUUGGAGCUCAAGAUGAUCGAGCACAAGGCACGUUACUCAGAUCUGAGAAAAUACGUCUACCAUCCGCCAGCCCAGUUCUUGUUCAAUGGACUUUCCACUCCGCAACAGCUAGCUCCGCUCGGCCUCGAUUUGUGUCCUAAUAUGGCGUUUAUGCACCCGGUUGCGAGCUUGAUUGAUCGCUCGCGAGGUCUGCCCGAUGACUUGACACUGGAGCCGCGCGACUGCCUCAUGCUUUGGCAAUCUAUGGAGAAACAUUCGUCAGCAGCGUUUCCCGUUGAUAAGUCGCUAGAUCCCAAUAUUGCUUUGCCCAGCAUUAUCAAGAAAGCAGAUGUGAUCGAAUGGGAAGCCCGCUUGAAACAACUUCUCCGGGAAUGGAUGAACGACACUAAUUCGCCCUUUGAAGAAGUAGUCAAAGAGUUGUCGGCAAGUGUCUCGGACCAUACAAGUCCCAGCAUUCAGGUGUCUUUUGGCGAGAUUGAAGAUCUUAUUGGUCCACGCUCUGUACGCCACGAUAGUAUCCUUGACACAACGCUCCCUCUGAUCUGCUCGCUUCAUGCACAGGGUGCACUUCCGGUUCUAUUCUUCAACUAUGAUCGAAGCUAUUGCGAAAAGAUCUGUGAUCACCUCCUUACCGAGUUGGAAGCAUCAGAAGAUCAUUGGAAAGCGUCCAGUCCUGUAUGGAAACAGAAGAUGGCAAAGUUUCAGGAAUGGGAAAAGCUGCAGGAGAAGCAGAUCCGUGUUCGAGAGCCAAAAAAGGCCAAAGGAAAGAGAAACCGCGGUGACGAUGAGGAGGAGAGAUUGUCAAAGACAGAACUGGCGCGGUCGGCAUCAAAGGACUCCAGCAUGUUCGAGACCUUCGACCCUAGUGCACCAGUCUCUGGGUUCCAUUUCGCAAACGAAAUGAAGCUGUCGAUUUCCGAGUUCAAAGAAUAUGCUACACAACUGCGAUGCCGCGACGUUCCUGAACGCCUGAUCACUGCCCUCAGACGCGGGAUUGGCGUCCAUCAUUCUGGUAUGAACCGCAAAUACAGACAGGUCUGCGAGAUCCUUUUCCGAAAAGGGUACCUUCGUGUUGUAAUAGCUACAGGCACAUUAGCACUGGGUAUCAACAUGCCAUGCAAAACCGUGGUCUUCUCCGGAAACUCUGUCUUUUUGACUGCUCUCGGGUUUCGGCAGGCCGCUGGUCGAGCCGGACGCCGUGGGUUCGACUUCCUCGGAAACGUUGUCUUCCAGUGUAUUCCGCAGGCCAAAGUCUGCCGUUUACUUAGCUCGAAAUUGCCCGAACUCAACGGCCACUUUCCUCUUACGACGACCCUUGUUUUGCGUCUUAUGACCCUGCUCCAUGAAUCGAAGGCGAGUCCCUAUGCUGUCAAAGCCGUUAACUCCAUCCUAUCCUGCCCUCGGAUAUACUUGGGUGGUGAUGAGUCCAAACAUACCGUCCUUCACCAUCUACGGUUUUCGAUCGAGUAUCUCCGCCGCAACUGGCUCCUGAGUAAAGAGGGCGCUCCGUUGAACUUUGCUGGGAUUGUUGGUCACCUAUACUACACUGGAAGUUCGAGUUUCGCGUUCCACGCGUUGCUUAGCCAGGGUUAUUUCCAUCAGCUGUGCAGGAACAUUGGCCGUGACACAAAGAAAACUCUUCGCACGCUGAUGUUGGUUCUGUCGCAUUUGUUUGGCCGCUACCACCUUCGUCCUAGCAUUUUGGAAAAUUGGAAGGCACGGGACAAAUCUACGUCUGUCGUUGUCCUUCAACCACUGCCAAACAAUGCUGCCAAGAUACUGAAAUCACAUAACAAGGAAACGUUGAGCAUCUACUCAGCAUAUGUUACCACGUUCAUUGACCAGCAUAUCAGAAAAGAAGACUGCGUGCUUCCUUUGACGGGUAUGAAAUGCGGAGGGCUUAAGCCUGCCAAGGAUGUAAGCACCUCGCUGAAGUUUCUCCCUGCGACCCAAGUGACCUCUGCCUUCGUGGCCCUAUCCGGACACCGAGAUGGUAAGUGGAAAACAAUCAGCGAGCUCUGCACCCGUGUCCGCAGCGGUGUCUGGCUCGAGCAGUCGGUGAUUCCGCAUCUUCAAGUUUCUCCCGAGGAAGGACAAGUUCUUCUCAAUGCGUAUCUGUACGAUUUCUACAAGCACGGCAAUGUUCACGCCCUCAUGACUGAGAAUAUGAUCCGACGAGGAGAUCUGUGGUACCUUCUCAACGACUUUUCGCUUGUGUUAGCUACGAUCGUCACUAGCCUCGAGAACUUUAUGAAACUCUCGCCUGGAUUGGAUCCGGACUUGCUGGAGACUAUGGGGAGCGGCGAUACGCUGGAAGAUGACUUGGACGACGAACUUUUGGAAAUGUCUGGAUCUGGUAACUCUUUCAAAGCCAGUCUGCCGCAACGACCGCAUACGACAAACACGAGCGCUACAGCCUCGAGAAAACAGAAGUUGAAGAAGUCAAAAGUAGCGGACAGCUGGGACGACAGUUGGAGUGACGAUAGCGAUUUGAAUGAUAACCCUGACCAAAGCAGCAAGGACACUCCGCAGUCGCAGCAGUUCAAAGGUCCAUCGAAUGGUCAAGAGAACGACGAUUCAGAUGCGUUCCUCGAGGGUGAAGGACUCUUGCAGGUCCUCAAGGCGUUUAGAAUGCUCCGGGAAGAGUUCAACGCCAAGUUCAAAGCUAUUUGGGCAUGA